UAGAUUUAUCUCGUUAUCCAUUAACUUCCACAUCAGUCCUAACGGAGGAGCUUGCUCUGUUGCAAUGGCUCUUCUCAACGUCUCACUCUGCACCAAAAUCCCACCAAAACCCCCUCUCUCCUUCUCCUCCACUAAACCUCUCUUCCUUUCUCUUUCCCGCUCUUCUCUCAAAUCCCAAGUUGCUGUUAGCAAGCAUCUGCUAGAAGAUUUGGCUAAAACAAGCUUGCUUGCUGCCCUUUCUGCUUCUCUCUUCUUUAUUGAUCCCGCACUCGCAUUUAAGGGUGGAGGCCCUUAUGGUGCUGAAGUGACGAGGGGCCAAGAUCUCACAGGCAGGGAUUUUAGUGGAAAGAAUUUAAUUAAACAAGAUUUUAAGACGUCCAUAUUACGACAAGCCAAUUUCAAAGGAGCAAAGUUGUUGGGAGCUAGUUUCUUUGAUGCUGAUUUAACAGGCGCUGAUCUUUCUGAUGCUGACCUUAGAGGUGCUGAUUUUUCAUUGGCAAAUGUGACAAAGGCAAAUUUGAGCAAUGCAAACUUAGAAGGUGCACUUGCUACUGGAAAUACAUCUUUUAGGGGUUCGAACAUAACUGGAGCAGAUUUCACAGAUGUGCCCUUGCGAGAUGAUCAAAGGGAAUACCUGUGCAAAGUUGCAGAUGGAGUGAAUCCAACAACUGGAAAUGCAACUCGUGAUACAUUGCUUUGCAGCUAAGUUGUUUUUUCAAGUAUAGGGAAGAGGCAUCAUUUACAACAGCUGCAAUUUUCAGGAGAGCUAAGGUUUGUAAAAGUUUGUGUGUUGCAAGUAAAUAUAUAUUAUAAUGACCAGUAGUAAUGCAACGAAUUAAUCCUCUGAGAAUUUAUGAAAAUUCAAUUCUAUUAAUUUAUUUUUAAAAAAUUCUCUUGUAAAUGAGAUGAUAUUUUUGUCACCUUUCUGUGUCAUGUUCAAUCCAUAAUCUAUAUUUCUUUCUGUUA